GCGAGCUUGUGCAGCCAGAUUCAAACGAAACUACAUUAGUAGCCGUAAAAGUGUUAAAAGAGGGCGUGUCUAACGAAGCACGUGAUGACUUCGAGCGCGAGGUAGAAAUCAUGAGUGCCUUUGAUCAUGAUAAUAUUCUUAAACUUAUAGGGACUGUAUCUACAGGGAACAACGACACCCCGUAUAUGGUGUUUGAAUACAUGAUGCACGGCGACCUGGCAGAGUUGCUAAGAAAGAAUGAGCCGACUAUUAAAAUGGCUGACACGUCCUUAAUACUGCAAAAGACUGACCUUGUUGACAUUACGAUACAGAUUGCCAAUGGUAUGAGAUAUCUGACGUCACAGCAUUUUGUCCAUCGUGAUCUGGCAACGCGAAACUGCCUCGUAGGUGAUGGUUUAAUUGUAAAGAUAAGCGAUUUUGGGAUGUCACGUGAUAUUUACACUUGUGAUUAUUAUAAGAUUGGGGGAUCAAGAAUGUUGCCGGUACGAUGGAUGUCACCAGAAGCUGUGAAAUGGGGACGAUUUACUACAGACUCUGAUAUAUGGGCAUUUGGUGUUGUACUGUGGGAAAUCUUCAGCUACGGGCGACAACCCUACUAUGGACAUACUAACGAAGAGGUUAUUAAAUUUCUGGACGAGGGAAUUCUACUGCAAAGGCCCGAGGAAUGUCCGUCUAUAGUUUACCACGUUAUGUUACAAUGUUGGAAAUUAGAUCCUAAAGAACGACUGGCAUUUGACAGGAUCCACAAGUAUUUGACAGAAUACAGUAAACAACUUCAUAAAUCAUCAAAACCAGCAUCAUUCGAUGUGGUCAAUGAAUAUGAAAUUCCGCUGUGAAUGCAUAGAAAAGGCAUUACAAAAAAGGCUGUGUUAAUUUUUCUAUUUACUUUUCUUGUACUUAAAAAUAAAAUUGUCAAAACAAAAUUUUUACUGACCUCAAUGAAAUGGCAUACUUACUGGAGUUUAUGCAAUCAUGAUAAGGUAUCUCAACCGCAUUCAACCAAUAUCCAAGAAAUAUUUGAAAAGGUAAACAGUAAUGAAUUCUAGAUCUUAUUCUUUUUCCUUUUUGUUGAGAUCAGACAUUUUCACACUCUCUUAGAUGGACUUCAUCAGAUAUUAGCAAAGUUUUAUUUCUUAUAUUUAGAGAGAUAAAUGCCAAAAUUUGCUAAUUGGCAAACUCGUAUUCAAUCAAUCAUGACUGACUGUUAUACGCUUUCUAGUAUGACAAACUUUCUGUUUUAAAAACGUAUAUACAAAGUUGCCUUUAAAAUGUAUACGUCAUCUCGUGUUAAGGAGACAAAAAUAAUUUGUAUACAUGUAUAUAGCAAUAUGUUUUUUAUUGUAACAUUGAAAGUGAUACUUUGUUAACCUUACAGGAUUCUUUACGGAACAAUUUAUCAAAUAUGUAUCAAUGAAAAUGUGAUUUGUUACAAAAAUAUUUUCAUUUAAUAAUGUUAUUUUUACGCAUGCCAGUGCUGGUCGCUGUUUGAUGAGAAACAAAUUAUUUUUAGUCAUUAUUUAUAUAGAUAUUUACAUUUUUUUAUGACAAAACUUUUAUGACAAAUGUCAUUUUGAAUAUUUCGAGGAAAAAAUGUACGAUUUUUUAUUGUUUAAAAAGUCCAUUUCAAUUGCUGUUUUCUUCCGCUUUUGGAAAUUAAUUGUAUCUCAAGAAAUUAAUAUAUUAAAAGCUACAUUUGUUUACCUUUCAGUAAAAGCAAAUGUAAGUUUACAUUUGCUCGCUUCUUGCUUGGCAAAUCUUUUUGACAAAAUGGCCCUGGAUUUUUUAAUGUUGCAAUUUUGCAUAUCCAUAUUCACAUUCAAAAGACCAGCACACUUAUUGCAGUUUUAAAUACGACUUUUAGGGAUCAAUUUAUUGUAUAAUAGUUAUUUCAGUUAUUUUAAACAAAUGCAUUACGUUUAGUCUAAAUUUAAGUGGUGUUCUAUUUAGUUCAGUUUAGUGUUAUAUCUGCCGCUUGUCUGACUUAUAAAUAUAAAAAAAACACGAGUGUUGUGUCUAAAUUCAAAAUAUUACCUUUAUUUUGUUUAAAUGUUGAAUUUUGCUCCCGUCGGAGCUAGGGGCAAUGGACGGUAGAUUUAACCCACCACUACCGUCCAUGAAUGGCUCAAUCAAACCGAGCUUGCACCAUUAUCAAUAUUACCGUUUUUAGGCGUUCUGUAUACCAAUUUUAAAUGAUUGUUACGAUGUACCUACUCACUAAAUUUAAAAAAUGAGUCUCUCUUAGUACUAUUUGCGAUUUGAGUCAACAUAUGUGCAUCGGAUUUACGUAAAAGACGAGAAUAAAGAUCAACAAGGCAAAGGCAACGUUCACAGGGCGCGGUUCAAACACGUAGGUUAAAAGUAUCUUAAAGCAUUUAUAAUGAUGUUUUGAUAAUCAUAAUUUCAUUAGUAAAUAUCAGUGAAUGUGAUGAAAUAAGUGUUAUAAUGUCUGUUUUUGUUUGUUUACAAUUUUGAUUAUGACUUGACUUAAGAACAUUAUAAGCUGCCAGUAUUGUUCUGUUUACUUUCAUAAACCAUUCAGUGUUACUUAUGUUUUACAUUGAUCCACAAAAAGAAUAAUUCUAAUAAAAAGUACAAACGGGUUUGAAAACUGAACACAAAAAUAUCAUUUUGUGUUUUCUAAGCUCUUUACACUAAGUAUACUAUAUUAAAACAAUACUGCCACUUUAAUGUGAUUGAAAUGCUUUAAACAGCAAUGACAUACAUUUCUUUCUGUUGUUCUAUGUUUUAUUUCCCUUACCGCUUUAACGCACAUUUGUGUUCCUUUAAUUGUUCAAAAAUCUUUACUUCAUCAUCCUAAUAUACAGGUAAAUGUUUCAAUAUUUGUUCACUUGUGAAUUCACCAGACAAAUCAUAAUACUUGGAAGACCUUCACUCAUUACAUAUACAGUAUCAUCACUUAUGUUUUGCAUACUAAAAUCAUUUGUACAGAUUUGACUUGUUUUAUAUUCAUGGCACACAUAAAGUAUUUUAUGGCACGAUUUAAUUAGAAUAUACUGUAAAUAGGAAGAUGUUCUUGAAAACACUUGACAAUCAACAAGUCAAUAUCGUAUAAUUUUGGAAUAUUGAUUUGAAUUACCAAGUAAAACAUACAAAAGUUAUACUUUAAGUGCUAAAAAGUGUAUAUUAAAGUGCAUAAAGCUAUAUCUCUGCUGCCUCCAGCUUACAAAUUUUUCCUUGAAUUUUUAUCUGUUUGAAAGACAUUUAUUUAAAUUUGUAUAUAUCCUUAUAGGCGAAUGGCGCAUGCCAACUGUCAUCAUUAACGGUUAAUAUCUACUCAAAAAUCAAAUUUAAUCCUUCUUUAAAUAGCAAAAUCAAUGUUUGUCCCUGUAAACAUUUUAUUCUGUUUACGAACCAUAUUCAUAUGCAGUAAAUAACAGAGACAUUUUAUGUUAUAACUCUUUUGAAGACCAACAUUUAAAUCCUGGAAACAUCGUGAUUUUACCCUUAAUAUUUUUGUUUAAAAGAUUUUACUAGAUAAGCUUGAACAAAUAUGCUCCGAAACUCAGCAAAUGUUGCUUUUCUCAUUCUAUCCUGGCGUGUAACCUUUACAGUUUUACACCAAGGUCAAAAAGGUGAACCAUGCUUUUCGCUAGUUAUCGGCAUAUUUGUCGGAAUUGUUUGUACCCUUAAAAAUGAUGGGAAAAAUGUUUGUUUCCCAAAAUACUAUGGGAAAAUGUUUGUUUGUACCCCGGUAUAUGAUGGGAACACCUCACAUUUGCCGAGUUUGUGAGUAAACUAAUUGUGGUAAUAAAACUUCUUAACUGAACCACCAAUAUCAUCUGUAUAUGUAGUGCAAUUAAGUAUUGGUUUGCACUGCAGUGAAUCACACAAAAUUAUUUUCGUUAAGAAAUAUUUUGAAAAUAUAUAUUUAACAAAAUUGAAAUUUUCUCAGAAACGUUAUUGAUAUGUUUUACCACAAGAUAUUAAAAAAAAAGGUUGGAUGCAAAUAAAUGAACUUCUUCUAUUGCAGGAAAAGAGUCUCCAUUUAGUUUUGUUACAUGAAGGGACUGACAAUACCUUUGAGAUAACUGUGCCGUUUAAUGUAUGUCUGACAAAAUAAGUGUGAAUAAACUUUUCUAUCAUUUGUUCGCUCCGUUUUUUAAGGACAAUCUUUAUUUGUGCACAAUGGCCACAUAUUUAAAGUAUUUUGAAAUGUUAAGUUCCCGAAAACCAAGUUUGUUUAAUAUGUAAUAUACUUUGACUGUCUAAAACUAUUUUAAAGACUAAUGUUAUCAGAAACGUUAAAGAUUGAUUAUAAAUCGUUUAGAAAUUGUAUUUUAUUUUAGGAUCAUGUAUUUUUUAAGCAAUGAGAUAUUUAUGUACAUUACUUGUUAUUGUAUAAAACUUUAUUUGUUGUCAUACCUAUUGUUAAAUAUUGCAAAUAUAAAGAG